AUGGACAUCGGCUCCAUGCCCCCCGUCACCCGCUUGUGGGCCUUCUCGUCCCUCGCAGUCUCCCUAGCAGAGCACAUCUCCCUCCUCUCCCGGUACUCCCUCUUCUACUCGCCCUCGCUCACCUUCAACCUCACCUCUCCUCAAAUCUAUCGUUGCAUCACUUCCUUCCUCUACUUUGGAGAAUUCGGUAUAGACUUUCUCUUCCAUCUCUUCUUCUUUAUCCGGUACUCGAGGAUGCUAGAGGAGAAUCACUAUGCGGGACACACAGCCGACUUUGCCUGGCUGGUGGUGGUGUGUGGCUCGCUGCUGCUGCUCACGAGCCCACUGAUCACGCCUCCUCUGCCCUUCUUGUCAAGUCCACUGGCAUUUACGCUGGUGUAUAUAUGGAGUAGAAGGAAUAGACAUAUAAGGCUCAGCUUGUUUGGAGUACUGGUCAUCACCGCACCGUACCUGCCCAUUGCACUGUGUGCUUUCAGCUGGAUCUUGACCGGAAGCGCUCAGGCUGUCAAGGGCGAUCUCUUGGGAUUGGCAGUGGGACAUGUCUACUACUUCUUCGCCGACGUCUGGCCCAGAGAGGUUCGAUCAGGGGGCAGACACUUCCUCAAGACUCCAGCAUUGUUUACGCGACUCGUCGAGGGACGACCACAGCCUGCGCCAAAUACAUGA